UGUUAAGAAAACCUGAGGCUAUAGUUGAGUUUUAAUUUCACUAUUUUAUAAAUGCCCGUUAUACAAUAAAAAAUUAACUGCUUAGCAACAAUAUUAUUACAGCGGUAUUGUUAAAGAAUCAGGCUAUAACAUAUUAAAAAAAUCACUUGAAUCGGCCAACAGGUUUAGUAAAUAUAAGACAUCAAAAAUGACAAAAAUUUUAAGUGGACGCAUUUCUAUAUGCACGUAAGUUUAUAUAAAAAUAUAUUAUACUAUAAAAUAUAUUAUAUAAAAAUAUAUUAUAUUGAACUAAAAUCAUCUUAAUACAUACCUUUUAAUAUUCUUUAUAAUUUGGAGCACGAAAUAUUGUAAAAUGUUUGAGUUUUUCUGUAAAUACAGUGAAUAUUAUUUAAAAACAUUUAAAAAUAAAUGAGAACUGUCAGAAUUAACCGGUCUACGCUUAGAUGUUGCCAAGUUUCAACUUCAUGGCUUGUAAAGUAAAGGUGGCUAUGACUGUGCAGACUGUGACUGUGAACUUUGCGAUUGUUGUUGUUGUUAUGUGUUAUGUUUCUUAGUUUUUACGUUUCAAUUCAAUUGUUCUGUUCCUGUCUUCCUUUCACUGGUUCUGGUUCAAUUCAACUCAACUAAAAUUCGGUGCCCAUGAUGUGUUAUAUGUUGUAGUUGUAUUGGAAACAUCGUCUACAGCAAACUUUAGGAUAAUGAACAAAGUCCGUCAAUAAAAACCCCGUCAAAAAUUCCAACAAGUUGAUGGAGACAAAGAAAUAAACACUGUUUAACACCUAUAGGGUUGAAACCACCCCGAACUCAGUCAAUAAUCGAAAAUUCUGAAUCUACGUACAGUCAAACCUGCCAAAUCUGGAUCAAUGUGGCGACAGACCGAUUCGGAUAUGAAAAAAUCUGGAUAUCAAGACCACUACUUCUUUUAAAGUCUCUGAAACGUUUUCUCCUUCAUACAUUCCAUUAAUCAACGCCAUCAAUAACUUUCGUCGAUAGAUACAUUUUAUAGAUUCUUAAUACAUUAUUUCGCCAUCUUUUAAUUCUUCUUUUAGUGCGUUGUCCAACAGUAGAUCCGGACGGCGCAGAACCGUCCGGAUAUGGGGAGGUCCGGAUAUGGCAGGUUGUACUGUAUAUCUAAAAUUUGGUAUUUAUUAUUAAUGGAAUAAUAUAACAAGCUACAUUUUUUUUUAAAUAAAGCCUGUUUUUUCUCGAGUUUCAAGUAAUUUGAUUAACCCUUUGACUGCGGGAACCUCAUCCCGCUCGAGGCACUUUAGAUGGGCGGUUCACGCCCAUUCAUUCAGAAACCAUCUGAUGACAUUAUAUAUUUUAUAUUUUGUUUACGUUAUAUUUUGUCUGUACGCAAAUAAUCACUAACCGCAGCGAAGCGGUUAGCCCUGUUGCAUUUAUGCGUUUCCCGCACAUCUCGUGCACUACUAAAAUUAUGCAAAUAUGCGGUUCUCGCAGUCAAAGGGUUAAUAUUGUUGUCAACUGUAGUCCCAUAGGGCAUGAUGCAUCGAAAUAUCUAAACUAAAACAAUAAAAGUUGUUACUGGAUUUUUUAAUAUUAUUUUUAACAUUCAAAGUCAAAUAUCUCACUUGUACCUUUUUGAGGCUUGUCAUUGUUUCACAUUAAGCCCUUCAAUUAUACAAAUUGAGGCGCUCAGAGCAACAGUGGUUUAAUUCCCAAAACGAAGUUUUGAGAUAAAUGCAAUCUUUGCAUUAGUAUUUCCAUUGUGCUUAUGGGAUGAUGCUACAAAUUAAGUAUUUAGCCAAAUAUAAGAGGUUUGAAAAUCCCUCUCAAAAUCUUGAAGGCUACACCCAAGCAGAAUAUUAAAAGAAUUAGACAAUAGAUAUAAGAACAGACACUGAUCGCUGAGGCAAGACAAAAGUGUUUCCUCCAGAAUUAAUGAAGGACAUAACCCAUAAUAAGAAGAAAAUAUUGUGGGGUUAUGCUGUGACCUUGUUUCAUGUUAAUAUGGUUCUGAAAUGAAAAUAUAUUCUCAGUACACCACUUUGUACACUUGGUUACUCUAAAAAAUCAUGUCUGAUCAAAUAGAAGUAAAACAAGAAUUUAGUGAAGUGUGUAAAAAAGAAGAAGAUGAUGAUGAGUUGGGUGAUGCACUACUGGAUACUUUUAAAAUCGAGAUUAAGGAGGAGCCUAAGAAGGAACGUACCAGUGCUACAUUUGAUUCUGCAGACCUUAAGAAAUCUAUAAAAACCGAAGAAGAAGAAGAUGGUGUCUCUUGCGAAGGCAUCCAAAAUGAUGAAUGCAAUGCAAUAUUAAAAUAUCCCGGAAAUAACUUUAACCAAAAUUUAACUGCUACUACAGAUGUGAACAGAGAAGAAAAAUAUUUUGAAUGUGAAAUAUGCUCCAAACAAUUUUCAACAAAGGGUUCUUUAACAAUACAUAUGACAGUGCAUACUGGUGAAAAACCAUUUGAAUGUGAAAUUUGCAAGAAACAGUUUUCAUUGAAAGUAUAUUUGAAAUCGCAUAUUAUGAGUGUGCAUACUGGUGAAAAACCGUUUAAUAGUGAAAUUUGCACCAAAACGUUUUCAAGGAAACAAAUUUUAAAGUCGCAUAUGAGAGUGCAUACUGUCGAAAAACCAUUUAAAUGCGAAAUUUGCACCAAACAGUUUGCAAGAAACACACAUUUAACUAGACAUAUGAUAGUUCAUACCGGUGAAAAACUAUUUGAAUGUGAAAUUUGCAAUAAACAAUUUUCAACAAAGGGUUCUUUAACAAUACAUAUGGCAGUGCAUACUGGUGAAAAACCAUUUGAAUGUGAAAUUUGCAAGAAACAGUUUGCAUUGAAAGUAUAUUUGAAAUCGCAUAUUAUGAGUGUGCAUACUGGUGAAAAACCGUUUAAUUGUGAAAUUUGCACCAAAAGGUUUUCACGGAAGCACGGUUUAAAGUUUCAUAUGAGAAGGCAUACUGGUGAAAAACCUUUCGCAUGCAAAAUAUGCACCAAACAGUUUUCAAGGAAAGAAAUUUUAAAGUCGCAUAUGAGAGUGCAUACUAUUAAAAAACCAUUUGAAUGUGAAAUUUGCACCGAACAGUUUGCAAGAAACGCACAUUUAACUAGACAUAUGAGACUGCAUACUGGUGAAAAACCAUUUAAAUGCGAAAUUUGCACCAAACAGUUUGCAAGAAACACACAUUUAACUAGACAUAUGAUAGUUCAUACCGGUGAAAAACUAUUUGAAUGUGAAAUUUGCAAUAAACAAUGUUCAACAAAAUGUUCUUUAACAGUACAUAUGGCAGUGCAUACUGGUGAAAAACCAUUUGAAUGUGAAAUUUGCAAGAAACAAUUUUCAUUGAAAGUAAAUUUGAAAUCGCAUAUUAUGAGUGUGCAUACUGAAGAAAAACCGUUUAAUUGUGAAAUUUGCGCCAAAACGUUUUCACUGAAGCAAGGUUUAAAGUUCCAUAUGAGAAUGCAUACUGGUGAAAAACCUUUCACAUGCAAAAUAUGCAUCAAACAGUUUUCAAGGAAACAAGUUUUAAAAUCGCAUAUGAUAGUGCAUACUGGUGAAAAACCAUUUGAAUGCGAAAUUUGCACCAAACAGUUUUUAACAAACACACAUUUAACCACACAUAUGAGAGUGCAUACUGGUGAAAAACCAUUUGAAUGUAAAAUUUGCACCAAACAGUUUGCCAGAAACACAGAUGUAACUAGACAUAUGAUAGUGCAUACUGGUGAAAAACCGUUUAAAUGUGAAAUUUGCUCCAAAAAGUUUGCAAGAAAGUUAGAUUUAACUAGACAUACGAUAGUGCAUACCGGUGAAAAACCAUUUGAAUGUGAAAUUUGCAAUCAACAAUUUUCAACAAAGGGUUCUUUAACAAUACAUAUGACCGUGCAUACUGGUAAAAAACCAUUUGAAUGUGAAAUUUGCACCAAACAAUUUUCAGUCAAACUAAAUUUAAAAUCGCAUAUGAGAAUACAUACUGGCGAAAAACCUUUCACAUGCAAACUAUGUUCAAGACAGUUUUCACAUGACUCUAGUUUAAAAGCACAUAUGAGAACUCACCGGUGAGAACAAUGUAAAAGCACAUCUCGCUUAUCCGGAAGAAAAUUGACACAACUCAAAAAUGCAUAAAUCGAGUUAUCUUGUUAAAUGACUUCAAAUUUCUAUCUAUCGAGUCGCUUAAAAGAUGGAAUCCAAGGUCACGUGAACACUCAAUGCAAGCAUCGACCGGUCGGUCGAAGCCAGACGUUCUAAGAACCGUUUACACCCUCAUUAUUUGUGUUUCGCACUUCCGCUGGUGAAUUUCGUUAAGAUGUGCUUAAAAUAUAGUUUUGUUGAGCGGUGUAAACGUGGGAGAAGUGGUGACAUCGGGAGAGGAAAGUUUAAGAUUGCAUACGGUUCACGGGAUCAGUACAUCUUUUCAGCGGCUGUGGCUAUAGACUAUAAUACUUUUAUCAGGAAAAAUGUCACAUAUAUGUUUACAUCCAACUUCGAAAGAUAGCGGUAGUGUCAUUAUUCCUUUGGCGGUAAAAUAAAUACUUUUAUUCCGGAACAACGACACUUUUCAGUUAUGCUCUGACAUUCGAUGUGAACUUAUCGUUACUUAUCACAAAAACCGUUGUAUUUCGAGGAGUGUCUUAGGUAUUUGUCGUCAAUUUAAAAAAAACUGACCAACAUUUUAAAAGAAAAGUAACAACACAAAGUUUUGAUUUCCUUUAUUAAAUCAAAUAUUAUGUGCUUGUAAAUUUUUUUACUUAGUUAUUAUUGUAAUAGUUAUUUUGAUUUUACUGAUUUAUUUUUAGACAACUGUAUGUAAAUAAAAAUACUUAAUUCAUA